AUGGCAGAAGCGAUCGGUGUGGCGUCGGGGUUAGUCGCUUUGGCAACCUUUGCGUGCCAAUCCAGUGUCAUGCUAUACGAGUCGGUUUCUAGCUUCCAAUCUCAUCAACAGCGUGUACGCGAUCUUGCCGAGGAGACUGGCGCACUCGCCGAGGUGCUAAAGUCGCUUGUUGAUGCUGCUCGUGGCAACCCAGACUUGCGAAUCCCAGCACUAGCAAUUCCCUUGAAACGUUGCGCCAAAGCUUGCGAAGAAUUCAAACAAGAGAUUGAAAAGUUUUCCUCCAGAUCUAUUGCUGGCAGCAGAACAAGCUUUCGUGAUUGGGCACGGUUGAGGUACAUGGGCGAAGACGUCGAUGGCUUCAGGCGCCUGCUGUCCGGUUACAAAAUGACUAUCAGUAUUGCCCUCACCAAUGCGAGUCUUUUGAGCAGUUCUUCUGGUCUCGAAGAUGGCGAUGUGGUACAAAUCAGGGAGGAGCGCCAGAGCACAGAAAACAGCCUGCAGAUUUGUGCGGAGCUCUCCGACCAUAUUACUCAAAUCCAGCUUGCCCAAGCGCGUGCAAGGUUUAGUACUGGGGCGUCUAAGCCGAGCUCUUUAUCCGAAAGAAUUACUCAUGACGGUUUGCAGGAAUGCAAGGAGAAUUUGGCUCGUAUGGCUGACAAGCUCGCGACCCACGAGAAAGAGCUCUUUAACAAACUUGUGUGCAAAAUCACUGGCACAAGCGGCUCUCAAGAAGCCGCUGCUGAUAUAGCGAGGCUUCGUGAUGAGUUGGAGUCGGCACGCCAGUCGAUGAACCUUGUAUCCUCAGCGAGCCGGGAACUGGAGAAGAGCGUGAGCGUAAUCGAGAACCAUGCGACAGGAGAUGCUGUGCAAUUCAUGGUUUCGACUGAUGGCCAAAUUCUCCAUGGCACGAACCGCGGCCUCGGAUGGAGAACUAGACAGGUCGGCGGCCAUAUCGACGCCGAAACUGUGAGGCAGAUAUCACGGGACUUGAGCCGGCUGCCAUCUCAAGAAACAGGACCAGCGUCUGACGCGCUUUUGAGUGAUUCCCUCUCUUUCAAAAGACGUUUCGGGGAUGGCUACAAGUUGGCGUCUACAUCCACCGAGCAAAUGCGCCCACCAUCGGAAUCUUAA